GCGAGGGAAGAGUGGUUGGGCCAGUUUGGGCUGGGUCGGGUUUUUGGUUUUCUUUUUGGAAGGACCUUUCAUUUUCUCGUCCAAGUCGUAUUCAAGUCGCAGCGAAAAAAAGGUGGUCAGCGUCUCGCAGUUUUGAAUUAUCACCAAAUCCAAACGAGGCCGGAAACAUUUGCCUUGAGUAGGGUAUACACCUUCCUGGGCGGAGUUCCAUGUAUAGCUUGAAUAGCGACGAUUUUGAAUGAAACGAUCAUGGUUGUAACCCAUUCUGGAUAAACGCGAUAGACUUGUAUAAGGUAAUGUUGGAAAAGCCAGACGACUACGAGCCAUGGAUUCCACAGAAGCCAGAUGCGAGAUAGCAGCGAAUCCGGAUGUUAGUGGUGUUGGUAUCAGAAUAUCGAUAUACGCACUGUGCCUGACCGGCAAGCUCUUCAGCUACCUGGUCAAGAUCCUCGUGUGCGAGCGGACCAACUCGGAAGACUUCUCCCGGAGCACCGUCGCCGCGCUCAGCCUGCAGGGUCUCUCGCUGCUGUGCACGGCCGUCGUGCAGACGUUUCAAGGCCAGCUCACGCUCUUCCACGCCGUCGUGGUGCUGCAUCUGCUGGCUCUGCUGGGCAUAAACCUGGCCUCGCGCGGCCGGUACCGCGGCAGCAAGCUGGCGCGCCACGCUGUCGAUGCCGUUAUCGUUGCCGCGGCCGUCGUCAUCUUCGUCGCCUUCAACGUCUACGUCUGGGUCCACGCCCCGAGCCUGGGCCCGCAGCCAGAGUGUAACGCCUCGACCGUGUACGUCGUCUUUGGCGUUAGGGUCCACGCAACAGACCCCGUCUUCCGCUACAUCGCCCUGGCCACGCUCGCGGUGGGACCGGGUGCCUUUGCCGUGCUCAUGUGCCUUGGAAUCCCCUCGCUGGGUGUCGCACUGUGCUAUGGGGCGUGUCAGCGGCGCGCGGGAGACAGGCGGAGUGGGGACGUCCAUCGGCAUAGGAAUGGAAUCUCGUGCUUGGGCGGCCACUGCAGCGUGACCUGGACCGAUCCAAACUCGGGGGCGGCAUCGGAAAUGGACGCCGAGGAAGAUGAUCACGUCUCCGAAUUCUUGCGCGUUGUGGCGUACUUGGCGUUUUCAAUCUAUGCCAUCGUGUCCCUGGAGAAAAUGACCAAUGCCAACAAUGUGUCGGCCGAGGAGAGCGAAUGGACGUUUGGCCAGGUCAUCGCCAUUUUUUUGCUAGCUGGCACUCUCUACGAGCUUCUUAGCGUUGUUAUCUCCAGUUAUGACAGCAAGCAGCGUCAAGCUGCAAAUCCGGUCGGUAUUCCCCUAGAUUCAGUUCACUGAGUAAACACUGGUGAAGCUCACCUGUCAACUGAGUUUUGCCCACACGACUUGGUAGUAUUACAUGAGAUCUUUGGACUUUUGUCUUAGCCUGUUCGUAUUCCGACAAACGAUGAUCUGCUUUCCCUGAUGCUCAAAUAUGUUUACAUAAGAUUUAUAUCACAAAAAGAAAAGACAAUGGCGAUAAGCAGGCUCAAACCAUGGACGGCCCUCAUGCGCUAGAGAACCUCGCCUGCUGGCUGGCGAAAAACUUCUUCG